AUGAAAGUCUUGCUUUCUUUUACAGUCCUUGCAGUCCUUUUACUGGUGCACAGCUCCCACGCAGUCUACGUUCAGGAUGGAGACUUGAAAUUCUCCCUUGAGUCUGUGAAGAAGCUAAAGGAGCUUAUGGAUGAGAACAGACACAUUAACCCUCGCAUGGUGGUUCCAAUGGCUAGCUACUCUCCAUGUGAUGAAAAAGAUCUCCCUGAGGAGUUCCAGUCUGUGUGCAAAAGAGGAGAUGCAUCCAUGAUUUUUGAGAGGCUGAACAUGGCUGUCCGAGAAGUUGAUUUGUGUGAAAUCUGUGCCAAUGCUGCCUGCACUGGUUGCUUUUGA